AAAAGUAAUCGAGUGACGACGGUCAAAGCCGAAACUUCGCAGUCAACAUUACCAGAGAGACUCACGAGAAAUCGUUGCGGGUUUGGUUUGGAUUCUAUCUCUUGUGGGAAGUAACAAUAAGCACGAAUCUAACAAUCAACAACAUGAACCCUGAGAGUACUCACUCGAAAGUGAUCUCACAUGUCUUUUUCACCGGUUCUGCCAAGCAAGGCACUCCUGGUCCACCCAUUGGUCUUGUCGACAUUGGUGAGAGUGAAAUUGCUUACCUCUUCAGAGUCUCUCUCCCUGGCAUUAACAAAAAUCUAAAUAAGAUCAAGUGUGAGAUUCAGAGGGAGGGAAGAGUAUGCAUACAAGGUGUAGCACCAGAGAUUGCGAUUCCAAGUGAUUCAGGAUGCUUGUACAGAAUGCAAGUGCAGCAGCUCUGCCCACCAGGUCCUUUCUCCAUCACGUUUAACCUUCCGGGACAAGUGGAUCCUCGGUUGUUUUCUCCAAAGUUUAGACCUGAUGGGAUCUUUGAAGUCGUUGUCGUCAAGCUCGGUGUUCGCGUCCCACAGUCCUAAUUUGUUCGGUCUAAAUCUUUAACUAGGAUUUGUUCAAAGUGGUUUUAAAACAUGUUCACAAUGAUCCUAUUUGUUAAGAUAGUUCUUAUUAGACUGAAAAUGGUGGUUAAAUGUGAAGAUGGUUCUGUUUUGAGCAAAUUGACUGUUAAGAGUCUCCAUUUC